CUACAGCUGUGGUGAUUCAGCUGGUACAAGGAGCGCUGGUCUCUGUGGGACGGGUGGCAGGAGGCACCAGCUGCCGCGUGCCGCUCAGAACCGGUUCCAGCCGGCUCUGUCGCACAUCCAGCCUCCCGCCAGCCAGAGCAGCCCGCAGCACCACGGCUCAGCCGCGCUCGAGAAGAAAGCGGCAGCUGCUGGAGAGGGGGCAUGAAAAACUGCUGUGGCGGGAAGCAAAUGGCGGCAGGAAGAACCAUAGUGUAGGUGACCCCCACCUCCUCCUCCAGCCGUCGCCUCACCGAGGAGUGAAAAUAGUUGUGACUAGGAAGAAGGGAGGAGAGAUGUUUAAGUUAAGCCUGGCAAGGGCAAGAAAGGGUAUUUACGCAACUGUGUGCUUGAUGGAUAAAAACUUCGUAAGAAUUGGAAAAUGGUUCAUAAGACCCUAUGACAAGGAUGAGAAGCCUGUUAAUAAAAGCGAACAUUUGUCGUGUGCCUUCACAUUCUUUCUUCAUGGGGAAAGCAAUGUGUGCACAAGUGUGGAGAUUGCUCAACACCAGCCAAUCUACCUGAUCAACGAAGAGCAUAUCCAUAUGGCCCAGUCCUCACCGUCACCGUUCCAAGUUUUGGUGAGUCCUUAUGGUUUAAAUGGUACACUCACGGGCCAGUCAUACAAGAUGUCAGACCCAGCAACUCGUAAAUUGAUGGAGGAAUGGCAGUAUUUUUACCCUAUGGUGCUGAAGAAAAAAGAAGGCAUGAAAGAGGAAGAAGAGUUGGGAUAUGACAACGAUUUCCCUGUGGCAGUUGAAGUCAUUGUUGGUGGUGUAAGGAUGGUGUAUCCUUCAGCCUUUGUUCUCAUCUCCCAGAGUGACAUCCCCAUGUCACAAAACGCUGCCAAUACUGGAGGCCAUAUAAAUGUGGGACAGCAGGGGCUUGGAAGCGUGAAAGAUCCUGCUAGUACCUGUGGGAUGCCACUCACUCCACCCACUUCUCCAGAGCAGGCUGUUAUGG